UUUUGCAGCUUAACCCCGCUUAUGUUUAAAAAUUAAAAGUAAAUAUAAUUGAGUUAUGGUUUUAGUACGAUUUGAGUAAAAUUUAUAGAAUAUUUAAUAGGAUGAGAAACUUUAGUCUUCUAUAAUACGUAGUAAUCUAUUCACGUCUGAUGGCCACUGCACAUAAGAGAACAAUUUAUGUGGGUGGCUUGGCUGAGGAAGUCGACGAGAAGAUUCUAAAAGCAGCGUUUAUCCCAUUCGGGGACAUAGUGGACAUACAAAUGCCUCUGGACUAUGAAUCUGAAAAGCACAGAGGAUUUGCUUUUGUCGAGUUUGAAAGUGUUGAAGAUGCUGCAGCAGCCAUAGACAAUAUGAAUGACUCUGAACUAUUCGGUCGAACCAUUAGGGUUAAUAUAGCCAAACCUCAGAAGAUAAAAGAGGGUUCUACAAGGCCUGUAUGGUCAGAAGAUUCGUGGUUGCAAGAGCAUGCUGGUGAGACAAUCAAAACCAGCCAAGUUUCAGGAUCAACAGAAACUACUGAAGUUACUAAGGAGUCCUCUGCCCCCAUUCAGAAAGUGAAGAAUCCUCAAGUUUAUUUUGACAUUCAAAUAGGCAAAACUGAAAUAGGUAGAAUAACCAUCAUGCUUCGCGCUGAUGUAGUACCACGUACAGCAGAAAAUUUUCGCUGUCUGUGCACUCAUGAAAAAGGUUAUGGAUUCCAAGGCAGUACUUUUCACCGAAUAAUUCCUGAUUUUAUGUGCCAAGGAGGGGAUUUCACAAAUCACACUGGUACUGGUGGUAAAUCCAUAUAUGGAAGGAAAUUUGCAGAUGAAAAUUUUGAAUUAAAACAUGUAGGAGCUGGGACUUUAUCGAUGGCCAAUUCAGGGCCUAAUACAAAUGGAUCUCAGUUUUUUAUUUGUACUUCAAAAACGGAAUGGCUUGAUGGCAAGCACGUCGUUUUCGGCCAUGUUAUAAGUGGAAUGGAUGUGGUGAAAAGGAUGGAAAGGUGUGGUACAAAAAAUGGAAAGCCAACAGAAAAGGUUAUUAUUUCUGCAUGUGGUGAGAUUCAGUAAUAAUACUUUGUGUUUACGCUAGUUCCAAUUAUAAAAUGAAUUGCGUAAACCAAAUAAAAAAUUUUCUUUGUUAUUUCUAUAAUGGAACAUUUCUUUUUGUAAACUUAGAAAAUUCUUAUAGACUUGUAUAAAUUAAAUGUAUAAUCAAGAAUUAAUAGUUUCCUUGGGCUAGGGUUACAGUACAAUCGAUUUCGCGCGAAAUUGCUAUCAAACCUACACAAACAAAUGCAGGUAGUUACCCUACAUGCGAAUUAGUAGCUCUAAUCGCUGCUUUUCGCUAGAAGUUCAAACAGGUUUGUUUUUUUCGCGCGAAUUGAAUGCGUUCGCGCGAGCCUUGUUCAAUCGUCUAAACAGUGAUUAUCAGAGAUAUUUUCGCUAUGGCCAGUGAAAAAUCCUCAAGCAAAAAACAAAAAACUCUGCGACCGAAAUUCCGCAAAAUGCGGAAAUGAUGUCCAAAAGUGGAUACUUGCUUCAAAAAAAGAAAAUCUAUUUUUUUUUUUAAAUAAACAAAAGUGGAAACAGGUAUACAAAAAGAUUAUGACUACCAUCCCGUGUCCUAUGCUUCAAUGAAACUGAUAAAAUCGCUUUAAACCGCGCUAAUUUUAGAAACAAAAGAAAUCAUUGCUUGGUGGCGCGAGUACGCGCAUAUACGCGGGAAUUGUGAUUCGCACGAAACGCUUGCACUGUAUCCGUAGCCUUAGGCCCAUUUAAAAA